GUCGGUUUUCAAAUUGAGUUAAAAUUGGGUUGGAUUUCCUAUGGCAAAGUUGAGGAGAAUGGCAAGAGCUGAGGUCGGAGUAAAAUUGUAGAGCUGGACGCGUGCAAUAAGCAUCGAUCAGGUGUUGAGAAUUUUCGCUGUAGAAAUUGGUUGAGAAACCAUGAUCAGAAGGUUCAGGUCUGAGAGUUAUGAGUGCUGUAUGAUGAGCAGGGCGCGGAAAUAUUGAGGAAAUAAAAAGAAACCUUGCAAGUGCACUUGCGGUUGAGUGUAGAGGGCAGCCUGUGAAGGGCAUGCAGGUUUGUAAGUGCGUGGAUGCAAUGGCGAUGGCAACCCAGAUGACGAGAUGUUGGUCAGCUUCUUGGCCGAAACGGUUGGAGCUGGAGAAUGGUAAUGUGAGGUGCAUUCGGAGACAAAGACGAUACAGCCUCAAAGGGCCUAGUGAGAUUUUUUUCUUGUACAGAACACAGAGCCACUCUUUCCAUACCUACAAGCCCAAACUAUUCGCCACAUUGCCCAUGUUUGCAACUAAAGAUGAUAAUCAGGGGUCGCAGAAGGUUGUUGUAAGCGAUCUCUCCAGUAGUGGCAACGAGACAACCAUUGGUACAGAUGAAGAAGAGGAGAUGAACUGCAUAGGAACAGCUAUGGAUGUGGAGUGCGUGACUUCGUUUAAUGAGGUGGAUGGGGCUGAUUCGCUGGGAAAGCGACCUGAGAGAGUAUUAACUAAUACCGCGAGACAGACUAAGAAUGAGAAAACCGAUUCGGAAUCGAGCUUGAUAGAAUCUGUAUUGGAUACUUUGCUGUUGUUAUCGCCUUUCUUUUUCUGGGGCACAGCCAUGGUGGCUAUGAAGGGAAUUCUGCCCAAGGCGGGGCCAAUGUUUGUGGCCUCUACAAGGCUAAUUCCUGCUGGAGCUUUAGUUAUUGGAUUUGCCAGUGCAAAAGGAAAGAAAAUGCCAGCAGGUUCAUCUGCUUGGUUUGCUAUUGCGUUGUUUGGACUCGUCGAUGCUACUUGCUUCCAGGGCUUUUUGACAGAAGGGCUACGUCGAACUAGUGCUGGCCUUGGCAGUGUUAUCAUCGACUCACAGCCAUUGACAGUAGCCAUACUAGCUUCUAUCUUAUUUGGAGAGACUCUUGGACCUAUCGCUAUAGUAGGCCUAGGUUUGGGUGUCGUUGGGCUAGUUCUAUUGGAGGUUCCUUUAGAAGUGUUGCAGAAUAUACCUCAGCCAGGAGGGACUCAAGACGUCGUGCAGUCGACUAGUUCUAUUGUGCAACCUGCAGAAGGAACCUGGUCUAUCUGGGACAGUGGAGAGUGGUGGAUGCUCCUUGCAGCACAAAGCAUGGCUGUGGGGACUGUGAUGGUGCGAUGGGUUUCCAAGUUCUCAGAUCCUAUAAUGGCCACGGGCUGGCAUAUGAUUCUUGGAGGGUUGCCAUUGCUGGCAUUGUCUGUUUGGCAGCAAGAUCCUGCAAUUAGUGGUCACAUACAAGACCUGUCUGCAAGUGACUGGGCAGCGCUCUUCUACACUUCCGUCUUUGGAAGUGCUAUUAGUUAUGGUGUUUUCUUUUAUAAUGCCACAAAAGGCAAUCUGACCAAAUUGAGCUCUCUGACGUUUCUCACUCCGAUGUUCGCCGCUUUCUUUGGGUACUUGUUAUUGGAUGAGAAACUAAAUGGAAUACAGCUUGCGGGAGCUAGCGUGACUCUUUUGUCUAUUUACUUGGUCAAUAGGAAACUGGAGCCAGAUUCGGAGAAAUCUGACUGAGACUCGAGCUAUAUAUAAUUUGUGCAAUGUCACGAUUGUAAUAUAUCCAUGGCCAAGUGUGGUCGAUUCGGCCAUGAAUGCUUGGACAGCUGUGAGAAAUUAUGUGAUUCUUAUCAUGCAA